AUGCGGAUAGGAGCUUCAAGAAUUAAGGAGCCGGACUACAGCAGGAGUCCGCUAACGGUCAAGAAACCGUGUACAGAGUCAGAUGGUUCAGAGCCGCAGAAUCCCAGGUCUAUGGAAAUGCAAGAACUAGCCAGUCCUCAUAAUCUGGUUGGAAGUAGUGAUGCACCGGGUGGUUCCAAACUGGAUAAACCUAAUCUCAGUAGCACAUCAGUUACAACAAAUGGAACAGGAGGAGACAACAUGACUGUGUUAAACACUGCAGACUGGUUGCUGAGUUGCAGUACCCCCUCUUCUGCAACAAGUAUGAGAGACCCUGGUACAGUGCAUGCGUACUUGAGCACAAAAGAUUUGUCUCUUCUUGCAGUUAAAACAGAACCCAUGAACAGCAGUGAAACAACAACAACAACUGGAGAUGGAUCGCUUGACACUUUUACUGGGUCAGUAAUAACAAGUAGUGGCUACAGCCCAAGAUCAGCGCACCAGUACUCUCCGCAGAUAUAUCCCUCCAAGCCCUAUCCACACAUUCUUUCUACACCAGCAGCUCAAACAAUGUCUGCCUAUGCCGGACAAACCCAGUAUUCAGGAAUGCAGCAACCGGCGGUCUAUACAGCCUACUCACAGACAGGACAGCCGUACAGCUUACCCACUUACGAUUUGGGUGUAAUGUUGCCAGGCAUCAAGACGGAAAGUGGGCUCUCGCAGACCCAAUCACCACUGCAGAGCGGGUGCCUCAGUUACAGCCCAGGGUUUUCCACCCCACAGCCAGGCCAAACACCCUACUCUUAUCAGAUGCCAGGUUCUAGUUUUACACCAUCGUCUACUAUUUAUGCAAACAAUUCUGUUUCAAAUUCUACAAACUUCAGUAGUUCACAACAGGAUUAUCCAUCAUACACAGCUUUUGGCCAAAAUCAAUAUGCACAAUAUUACUCAGCAUCAACAUAUGGUGCAUAUAUGACCUCAAACAACACGGCUGAUGGCACUUCAUCAUCAUCAACCUACCAGUUACAGGACUCUCUCCCUGGCCUGACUAGUCAACCAGGUACAGAUCUACAUUCAGGGGAGUUUGACACAGUGCAGAGCCCCUCCACGCCAAUCAAAGAUCUUGAUGAGAGAACAUGUAGGAGUUCUGGGUCAAAGUCUCGGGGUAGAGGGAGGAAGAAUAAUCCAUCACCCCCUCCGGACAGUGACUUGGAGGUAUGCCUGUGGUAA